GGCUGGGCGCGUGUCUAGUCACGUGACGGGGCCUCGGGGGUCCCCGGGAUGUGUAGUCCGCAGGAGUCAAGCAUGAAUGCCGGGGGCGUGAGGAUGGUUACCCGCAGCCGGGUCUUGGGACCUAGCGCCCGGCCGCGGGGAGGUGGGGAGGUGGCCGCGCCGCUCCGGAGGGGAGAGGCGUCUGCAGAAGGAGAAAAAAGCCACCGCCCUGUGAAGCGUCAGCGGAAGGCACAAAGCCUGAAUGUGGCCUACGAGGCCCCAGAUGGUGAGAAAGGAGAGGGGACCAAGCCACUCAAGGCGCCAAGUUGGGAGCCUCAGGACUGGCGGCAGCAGCUGGCAAAUAUCCGUACCAUGAGGAGUGGGAAGGAUGCACCUGUGGACCAGCUGGGGGUUGAGCACUGCUAUGACCCCAGUGCACCUCCAAAGGUACGGAGGUACCAGGUGCUGCUGUCGCUGAUGCUCUCCAGCCAAACCAAAGACCAGGUGACAGCGGGUGCCAUGCAGCGGCUGCGAGCCCACGGCCUGACAGUAGAAAGCAUCCUGCAGACAGAUGACAGCACACUGGGCACACUCAUCUAUCCCGUGGGCUUCUGGAGGAACAAGGUGAAGUACAUCAAGCAGACCAGUGCCAUCCUGCAGCAGCACUAUGGCGGGGACAUCCCAGCCUCUGUGGCAGAGCUACUGACACUGCCAGGAGUCGGGCCCAAGAUGGCACACUUGGCUAUGACUGUGGCCUGGGGCACUGUGUCAGGCAUCGCAGUGGACACACAUGUGCACAGAAUCUCCAACCGGCUCAAGUGGACCAAGAAGGUGACAAAGUCCCCAGAGGAGACCCGCAUAGCCCUGGAGGAGUGGCUGCCCAGGGACCUGUGGAGCGAGAUCAAUGGACUAUUGGUGGGCUUUGGCCAGCAGACCUGCCUGCCUGUCCGCCCACGCUGCCAGGUCUGCCUCAACCAGGCCCUGUGCCCAGCUGCACAGGGGCUCUGAAGGCCAUGUCUGUUCUGCAACUUUGCUGGGGAGCUGCAGCCUGUUGUAAUAAAGCUUGGGGGUUUGCAACA